AUGGACCCCGUGGGGCGCCUCGUGAGGAAGCACUUCCCGAGCCACGGGUGGUUCGCCGGCGAAGUGCGUGGCGUGAUCAGGGUCGCCAACCGGCGCUACUACAGGGUGGUGUACGAGGAUGGCGACGUCGAGGACGUGAGCGAGGUCGAGCUGAAGCAAAUCCUGGUGGAGGGCGGCGGCGGCGCGGCCUGGCGGAGGCCGGAGGGAGGCAGGGGGGGCCCGGCCAGGGACGUUCCGCGGGACAACCCGCCGCAAGAUCGUCUCUUUCACCGUCUGCAACUGGAAGGAGCACCGUCGCGCCUGGCGGCGUGCGUCUCGCCGCGCCCCUGA